UGGGUGCUUACAGGGUGGCGGUGGGUUGCUGGGCGGUGGCCAUAGCGGAAGUUUGUAGUGGGUGCUCAGGCUGAGUAAGUGUAAAGCGCAGCUAUCAGAGUGCGUUGUGAUGGUGAUGUUGCUGUGGGAUCGACUGCUUCCCCAGAGCGAAAUGUCGUUUGGAAAAAGGGACACGCGGAGAAGGACUUGACGGAAGUUGCGGUUUCUCUGGCCAGUGGCCAUCCUCGUUCCUUCAACCCAACACCGCAUCCCUCACACAAUGCUUUCGACAACAGCAGCAGCAGCACUGCGGCCCAGCACUGUCCUACUACGGUCACUGCGAGGAGCCGCCCAGCUUCGCAAUCUCGCCACAUCACCAUCACCACGGAACCUGUCCAUCCCCAGAAUACAUGUGACUUCCCGCCGCACCUCCCCGUUUCUUCCCAGAGCCGCCGCUAUCCACUCUUCCAUACCGCUAAGGCAUGCGGAGAUAAAGAAGCCAGCGCCGGGCACGGGCUUAAAGGUGACGUAUGUAACGGCAGAGGGUGAGAAGAUCACCGUAGAAGCCAACGAGGGCGACAAUCUGCUAGAUUUGGCGCACGCAUAUGAUAUUGACCUUGAAGGAGCAUGCGAAGGAUCGCUGGCCUGCUCGACCUGUCAUGUCAUUGUGGAGGAGAAGUAUUACGAUAAGUUGGAAGAGCCGUCUGAUGAGGAGAACGAUAUGCUGGAUUUGGCGUUUGGGUUGACUGAGACCUCUCGGCUAGGCUGCCAAGUGAUCAUGAGCCCGGAGCUUGACGGAGUCACCGUCAAACUACCGAGCGCAACUCGUAACCUCCAGGUCGAUAAGCAACGAUGAGACGGACGAGCGGACAAAAUACGAAAUGCUUCUCAUACGAAUGUACAGCAGAAGAAUUAUCGAAUUACACGGAAUCGCAUGCAAGAACGCACACUCACACGCUAUACACAUAA